GCGCAAAACAUACGUUUUAAAACCAAUGUUUUCUUGUUAGGUGUUUAACUUAUUCUAAGUACACUAAAAUAAUAUGUUUGAAUAUUGGCUUUUAAACCAAAUUGAGAAUAAUUACAAAAAUAAUUUAGUAGUAUAAAUUACUUUAGCAACAUGUUAUCUUGCCGCUAUGGAGUGAUUUCUUGAAUAAGAUUACCUACACCUAAGAUACCACUAUCACUUAAUCACUUAAUAAGUGUGCCUCGAUUUUGCAUUUUAAACACCGUAGUAUAUUAAGUUAGUCAUACAAAUGGCUUACAUGCAUUUAUUACGAGUACUAGUAAAAUGAGGACUGUGACACCCCUGAUUCGUUUAGUAAAAUCAUCAAUAAAUUGCUAUUAAUAAACCAUCAUUCUAAUUGUUUAUUCCUUUGCUACUUUGCUCUUUACAGUGCACAUUACGUACUCAUACGUCUUAUAAAUAAUAAGUUCGAACCACCGUCAUUUCUACAUAUAACAUGUCGGACUCCGAGUUUGAAACUAUUGUACCCCUAAAUAACAAGACUGGAGGUGCGAAAGCGAAAAAACCGGUGCAGAAAAGAAAGUCCGAUGCUGCUAAUAGGUCCGAUUCAGAACGAGAGUGGGAAGAAAUUGACGCGGGGACCAAGAAGGUGAAGAAGCCUCGCCAGGCGAAAUCUCCUAGGACUACUAGUGGAGCGUCUAAGAAAAAGACUGCCAGCAACCCCUUCGACGUCUUCGAGCUAUUUCCUGAUGACGAGGCAUUUGCGAAAAAUUGCCCUACACCAGACCAGCUACGCUCGUCUAUAACUCAACGCGUGGCUGAUGGAUUGACUCGGCGUGCUGCUGAUCUUGAGGGGGAGUUUUUCUUGGAGCUGCGAGUAUACAACACCGCCGAUAUACGCAUUUCAACAUGUGCGAACAUUGUGACCCCGAGGAUCCUUUUACCCAUGCUCAAGAGUGGAACACCCAGACAUUUGAAGACGCAUAUCCAGAACUUGCCAACAAGCAUGACGUGACCAUUACAGCACCAUCAAUAGAAACACCCAACAAAAAGAAAAUAAAAACUAAACAGCGUGCUCCAAAACGUAAAUUAAAAUCAUCCACUACUUUUGUGAAAUGUAGAAAAUCCGUUGCUGAGGGACCCCGUCUGAUACAAAUAAAAAUCAUCGGCUUACGUAACGGGCAGGAAAGCCAGGCAGAGAGUGAUGAUGAAGAAAAUAUGAUCUUUAGUGCUCAAUAUAUAGCCAGCGAACCAGUGGACAAUGUUGUGGAUUCGGCAUACAGUUUAAUAAAUCAAAUCUCUAAAUCAAUGUUACAAGAAAAUUUCUGAGUUUAUUGUUAAGGUUAAAAAUGUAUGUGUGCGUAAAAUAAAAAAAUAAAAAAUGGGUCUUUCAUUACAGACUUUUAUUUAUUAUCAUUAAAACAUAAUACAGUGCUUAUUUCUAAAAUAGUAAACAUCGUUAUAAAUCUUGUGCAGACACAAUAGUAUCAAAAUACCACUUUUUAAUACAUAUAACAUUUUUU